AUGGACAUAUCUAUUGUAGCUAACGAUCUUGGAAAUACCCUGAAAAUACAUGAUGAGCAUUCUUCGCCUGAUGUGUCGCAUGAUGAAACCGAUCGUCUGGAUAGUUUGAAUCUUUUUGCUGGCGGUGAAACAAUCAACAACUCUAACGACGCUCAUUCGACGAUAAGCUCUGCUACAUCGAAUGAUGUAACUGAUUUUGUGAUGCAAUUUAAAAACGGAAUUUUUUAUUCCAACGAUAGAACACAGAAAAUACCUCUCCAAAUGGGUACAAAAACUAGUACUUGGUUGCGGAUUACUGUUAACCGCUGUGAAGAUAAUUUUAGUAUAUCAAACGUUCGCAUGAAUAACCGAGUAUUGGAAUUCAGCAUGAAUUGUUUUAUUACCUGUCAGGGGUUAAAGUUCCGAGUUAUACCCAGAGGAUUGCAAAAUGUCAUACUUGAGGUAUCCAGGUUUAUUGGAUCAGAUAGAGGAACAAAUUUUUCUAUAUUGAGUUUUGACCCAAUAGAUAAUGUAAAGCUUAUAAUUUUAAAUGAAGAGGAUUGGCAUUUUAAAUUUGAUAUUCCCGAAGGCUUGGCUUUUAAAUUUAAAGAGUUACAAGAAAAUAGAAUCUUAUUUAAAUUAUUUCGUAAUGAGGUUGGCGAUCAAUUUCUCAAACAAUUACUAGAUGAUGUAGUGUCUAGAAUUAUAGUUAAAGUUUUAGAAGCUUAUUUCGAAGAAGAAUCCUUUCUUUCUACUCAAUUUACCAAAUUUGCGGAUAAUCUUGUUCCUAACAGUACAGAUGAAGCCAGGGAAACAAUUAUAGAGAUGCUUGUUAAGGACCGUAUUCCUGAUUUUAAAAAGAAUAUUCGAAAUUUCUUGGUUUCCUUUUUCGAGGAAUGUUGCAUUUAUUUGCUAAAGGAAGAAAAUCCAACCGAAAUUUCUGCAUAUGAUACUUUCUUGCAACAUCUUGAAAUGGGAAAUAAUUUAAUAAUUAAGUCUACCCUCAAUAACAAACGAGAUCGAGUUUGGACUUUAGAUAUAG